CUUAUUUUCAAAGUCAAAAAGAACAAAAAGUCGAAAAAUAAAAAAAGAGCAACAAAAUGAGCAGGCAAUCCAAAGCGAAAACAGCGGAGUAUUCUGUAUAAAAGUGAACAAAGAAGUUGAAGUUGGUUCAAAAUGAUGUUCGGGGGAAUGGGAUAAGUGGGAAACCCACACGGCGACGAGCAUGAUAUAAAAACUCAGAGCAAAACCGGCUCCGGCAUUCAGUCGUUGGUCGCUGGUCGAGUCGGCGAAAGUUACGUUUACGAAUCUCGGGGCAGGCAUCGCUAUUGAUUCUGCUGUUGCCUACAAAUAGAGCAGACGGGAACUGCCAGUAAAUCAAUGUGACGUAGAAUCGCGAAAAGUACCCGCUCCACGCUAAUUUUUGAAAACAAUGCAGUACCUAAGCUACCUUUAUGAGAAAAUAUUCGGAGGCAGUCCCCCAUCAGACGACACGCAAGGGGGCUGCUACCACACACCCCGCAAAGUGGUGUGCUUUGGCAAUGUCUUGCUGGACCGCUUGGUGAAGCUGGAGGACCCGGAACUGCUGCAGCGCUACGACCUGGAACUGGGCUCCAAGGGGGAAAUGGAGCUGGAGAAACUCAACAAACUGGCCCUAGAAGCUGCCGAGAGUUCCCAAUGCCUGACAAAGCCGGGUGGCUCGGCCCUCAACACAGCUCGAAUCCUCAAGCAACUGGGCACCGAUCCCACCUUCUUUGGAGCCGUGGGCGCGGACAAGCAUGCGGAGGAGCUCCGUCUCAUCUUCCAGGAGCGGGGCAUCGAGGCCCGGCUGCAGACAAUCGAGUCGACGCACACGGGCCAGUGUGUGUGCCUCAUGUACGAGGACAAUCCCACGCUCUACGCGAAUAUUGGCGCCUCCGCCCAGUUCUCGGUGCAUGCACUGAGCCAGGCGGCCAUCCACGAGGGGCAGAGCUUCCUGCGUCCCCUCGAGCGCAAGCAGAUCCUGUACGUCGAGGGCUUCUUUGUGCCACAGUGUGCCGAUGUGUGCGACUACAUCGUGGAGAAUCUGGUCCGAAAUCGACGUCGUCUGGCCCUGAAUCUCAGUGCCCCUUACAUCGUCCGGGGGCACGCACAGGCCAUUCUGAAGCUGGCCCAGCACGCCUUCUUCCUUUUCGGCAACAGGCAGGAGUUCGAGGAACUCGCCGGGGCAUCUGGCUCCCCGAGUGUGGACCAGUUGGCCCAGAAACUGCUGCAGGACGGCAACACCAGAGUAAUCUUCAUCACCAAAGGCAGCUCCGGCGUCCAGGUGAUCACGAACUAUGUGGACGAGCUGGGUCCGCCCGGUCCCAUCACCGUUGAGGACUACCGGGCUCCGCGGGUGGAUGAGGUGGUGGACGCCACUGGGGCGGGCGAUGCCUUCGUCGCCGGCUUCCUUCACGCCUGGCUGGAGAAGCGUUCUCUGGGCGAAAGCAUCCGUGUGGCCACCGACGUCGCAGCCAAGGUGGUGACGCAGGUGGGCUGCAAUCUGCCGAGUCCCUAGCCGGAUCGAAUCUCCGGCAGCGCACAAUCAAGCACCAAAGUAGACUCUUAGUUUGUACGUUAAUUCCUCUUUAUGCUCCACAGACUUUAGGCUUAGUUUCUUGCCUCUCCCUCCUAAGCAGUGCCUUAAUGAGUUAAUAAAAGCUUAAUUUUUUGCAUCCAACGCGAGAUAAGGAAA